AUGAAUCAUACAUUUUCAUUUGCAAAUAAGAUCAAUAAUAAUGAUAAUAAAAGUAAAAGUUCGUUAGCUGUAAUAGCAAGAGAAGAUGAAGAAAAUAUAAUUUUAGAAAAAAUUAUGGACAAAAAAAUUAUGUUUUUAUAUUUAAAAUCAGAAUCAGAACCUGAUUGGAAGUUUUUGAAAGAUAAGCUUAAACUAGAAUAUGGAUGUACUGAAACUUUAGGAAAAGCUAAUAAGAGAGCUUUUACAAUAGUGAGUUGCGAAAUGAAUGAAAUCAUUGAUGGAUAUGAAAAUAAUAUAAUUCAAAUUGAUUUGGAAGAAAAUAAGAUUAUAAAGAAUGAUUUUCUUUUAAUCGCAGAUAUUGAUAUUCCAAAUUUUACAAAAUUGGGAGUAUCAAUCAAAAGUUCAGAUAUAAAAAAUUCUAAUAUUAUAACUAGUUUAACUUAUAACAUUAUUGAAUACAAAAAAGUGUCUUUAAAAUUUAAAUUAGAACCAACUACUGAGUUCAUUAAAGCAGUUAAAGAUGUAAUAGAUUCUAAAGAUCCUAGAAAAUUUAAGGAUGUCAUAAAUGAUUUUGGUCAAUUUAUUCCAAAAGAAGUUGUUUUAGGUAGUGGAAAAGCAUAUUUCAUUGCAAGAGAAAAUUCUGAAGAUUAUGCUGGUGAAUAUACUAAAAAUAUAGAAAAACUAUUUAGUUCUAACAGCUUUAAUGAGUCAGAUUGGAUUGAAACUUUAAAUGAUUAUAAAUAUUGGAGUUGCAUAAAAUUAAAAGAUCCAGUUAAUAUUUUUCAACUUAUAUCUAAAAAUUUACGUAAACGAAUCUUAUCAUUUGUUGGAAAAAAAAUUCUUUUUACAAGUAUUGAAGAAUAUUCUUAUAAAAUGCCUGAAUCUGGAAGUAAGUUGAUAAACAUUCCAGAAAAUAUUUUAGAAAUUCUUCAAAAUAAAGAAGCUAAUUGUAACAUCUUUGCAACAGUUAUUGAUAAAAAAGAAAAGGAUGUUUUUAGUUAUCAAAUAAUUUGGCCACCAAAUGAAGAUCCAAGACUUAUAAUUCAUUGUAUUCAAAAAAAGUUUAGAAAGCGUGAAUGUAAAUUGAAAAUUAAGUGGAUGAUUGUUGGUUAUGAUACAAAUUUUGAUUUUAAUCAUUCAGAUUUUAACACCAAAUUGAAAGUUCUAAAAAAUGAUUUUAAUGCAUUAAAUUGCCAAGCUAUAUCUGAAUCAUUAGAUUUGGAAUAUAAUCCAUCAAUUCUUUGUUUUGGAAUUCCAGUAUUAAGCAAUUUGGAUUCUUCAAACAAUUCUUUAGUUAUUGGACAUCACUUUAUUAAUGAUAGAGAAAAUAGAAAAGUUGGAUCAUAUAUAUUUUCUUAUUGUUUAGAAAAAAAUCAUUAUGUUAACUUACCUAAUUUUACAUUUUAUACACUUAUCUCAAAAUAUCCCAAUUCUGAUAAUUAUGGAAUUUCAACCUUCCAACAUACUAGUAAGACAAAAAAACUGCUCAACUUUAUUAAAUUCAAUUCUCUAGAAUCAAAACCAAAAUUUUUUAGUUUGUAUUCUGCAGCAAACAAUUAUGGUCCAAUUUUCUUAAAACAAAAAGCUAGCGAAAUUAAAGUUAAAUACAUUAAUGUUAAUUGUAAUCAAGAUAAUUGUAUUUGUAAAAGAUUAAUGAAAUUAGAAAAUAGUUUGAAAUAUGCAUUCUUUGAUCCAAAGAAUUCGAAUUAA